UGGAGGGCUGAAAGCAGCCGCCCACGGUGCAAGGUCCCCCGCGGGGGCGAAGGGGCAGUGGCGGCAGGGCUGGGUCUGGCCGCGAGGACCGAGCUCCUGGCUCGGGCAGAGGCAGAAAUGACCUGGAGUUGGCAAUUUGGGCCCUGCCCCUUCCUAAUGGGGCCUGAGAGAGCGAAGGUGCAGAGGCUGCAGUGAGGGGCAAAGGCAGCUCUGCUGGCCUCUCUCUGAGCCCUUUCCUUUCCUGAAGACACUGCUCUUACCCCUGUGGCCACUUGUAUCACUCACUGCUCAGGGAGGGGCUGCUGUACGGUCCUUGGCGGCCACGUGGCCUCCUGGCCUUCUCCGAGACAGAGCCAGGAGGCCAGAGGCAUCCCCUCCUAGGGCUGGUUGGGCUCUGACCUCAUUCCUCUAACUCCACCCAGAGUGGCACUGAAUCUGCCACUCAGUCAUUUCAUUUGCCCGCAGGCUUUAAGGCCAAGCCCUGUGCCCGGCUCUCUGCCUGGCUCCUUGGGGGUCCUCACUCCCUGGCCACACUGACCUCAGGACCUAGGGAAAUAAAGCAGGGGCAAUCCAUCCUGUUCGAGGAGGUGCCAUGGAGCCGAACCUUGAAGGAUAAAUGAGAUUCCCAUGGGAGGAGCAGGGAGGGGAGAACAGGCAGGAUGGAGGGAACAGUAUAAGGAAUGGCCUUUGGGACCCGGGCCCUGGCUUCAGCCUCGGAGUGUGUGACCUCCAUGUUUAAUGUGUAUAGAGGCCCUUUGCAGGCAUAUCCUCAGCUCUCUCCAGUGCUCAACACAUAGUGAGUGCUCGAGAAAUACUUGUUGAACUGAAAUUGAAUUGAAAGCCAAAAACCCAGAGCCCAAAGCAUGUUAUUAUUCUGUUAUUACCACCACUUAGGAAAGAUCUGGCUCAGUGAGGGAUAUUACCCACAUUAGCUCUGAUCCCUCCAGCCCUUGGACGUCCCUGCUCCAGGGCAGCCAUGAGCCUGGUGGCCUGUGAGUGUCCCCCUGGCCCUGGCCUGGACCCCGAGCCCUGCUCAUGAGUGCGGUCCCAGGCCCUAGUGUACCUGGAGCAGAUUCGCAACCGGGUCACCCCGGGGGCACCUGACAUGACCAAGCGCGACUACCUGGUGGAUGCAGCCACACAGAUCCGGCUGGCCCUGGAGCGUGACGUCAGUGAGGACUACGAGGCAGCCUUCAACCACUACCAGAAUGGCGUGGACGUUCUGCUCCGAGGCGUAAAUGUCGACCCCAACAAGGAGAGAUGUGAGGCUGUAAAGCUGAAAAUUACCAAGUACCUGCGGCGGGCGGAGGAGAUCUUUAAUUGCCACCUGCAGAGGACGCUGGGCAGUGGAGCCAGCCCUGGCACGGGUUUUAGCAGCCUGAGGCUGCGGCCCAUCCGCACACUGAGCUCUGCCCUAGAGCAGCUGAGGGGCUGCAAGGUGGUCGCAGUCAUCGAGAAGGUGCAGCUGGUCCAGGACCCAGCGACUGGAGGGACCUUCGUGGUGAAGAGCCUGUCCAGGUGCCACGCGGUGAGCCAGGAGCGGCUGACCAUCAUCCCACACGGCGUCCCCUACAUGACCAAGCUGCUGCGGUAUUUUGUGAGCGAGGACUCCAUCUUUCUGCACCUGGAGCAUGUGCAAGGAGGCACUCUGUGGUCCCACCUGCUCUCCCAGCCGUGCCUCCAACAGUCUGGGACUAGGUCUGGCUCCAGCCUGGAGAGGAUGAAGGCUCAGCUCAACUCCCGCCUCAGCCUCGGGAUCCCAGCUCGCCUCCUGCCUGGCCACACCUGCCUGCAGGACGGAAUCCCCCUGGAGCCUCCCUGGACUUCUCAGAGCCUUACCCUGGCCAGGGGGGCCACAGCCAUCAGACCCCAGAGAGAGGCUGAAGGUGAACCCUCAGCCGGGACCAGCCCUUCCUGCUCCUGGGACCUUCCAAAGGCCCCAGGUGGCCACCUGCACCACCAAGCCAGGCGGGGGCCCGGCCAGAGCUCUGAUCCAGGGCCCCCUCGGGGGCUCCCUUGGGUUCGCGCAGGGGCCGGCCGGGUGCUGGGGGGCUGUGGCCGAGGCAGAGGUCAGAGCCGCCCCUCAACCGGUGGGGCCGCCUGGAGUGUGAGGGAGGAGCAGGUGAGGCAGUGGGCGGCCGAGAUGCUGGUGGCCCUGGAGGCGCUGCACGAGCAGGGGGUGCUGUGCCGGGACCUCAAUCCCCGGAACCUGCUCCUGGACCAGGCAGGCCACAUCCGGCUCACGUAUUUCGGCCAGUGGUCAGAGGUGGAGCCCCAGUGCUGCAGGGAGGCUUUGGACAAACUCUACAGUGCCCCAGAGGUGGGUGGGAUUUCUGAGCUGACCGAAGCCUGCGACUGGUGGAGCUUUGGGUCUCUGCUGUAUGAACUGCUGACGGGAACGGCGCUGUCCCAGAGCCACCCCUCAGGAAUCCAACCCCACACCCAGCUCCAGCUGCCCGAGUGGCUCAGUCGCCCCGCAGCCUCCCUGCUGACUGAGCUGCUGCAGUUUGAUCCUGCCGGGCGACUGGGCGCUGGAGGAGGCGGUGUCAACAAACUCAAGUCCCACCCCUUUUUCAGUACCAUCCAGUGGAGCAAACUGGUGGGGUAACCGGAGGGGGUGGAGUAGGCGAUGGAAACAGCUGGACUGGUCUGGAUCUCCUCUCUUCUCUUUGCCUGCCACCCAGAGCUGGCCCUUCUAAUCAGCGGCUCUCUGGCAAAGAAUGAAAGGCAGCUUGCCUUUCCUGGUCAGGCCCCUCCCUUGGGCCUCAGAAGUCUCUUCACUGACCAGGAAGGGCCUACGGAGUCCCCCAGCCACGUCCUGGAGAAACCCUUCCUAGACGGUGCUGAGCGGGAGGGAAAGAGAGAUCUCAGCCUGUUAGGCAGCUUGAACCCCUCCACCCAUCAGUCAACAGUCACCGGCUGAGUGCACACCCUGUACUUGAACUUGGACCUACCAUGUUAAAAGGUGCCUUCCUUUGCAUUAGCUCUGAGCUACUGACCACCUGCUGAGCCGUGAAAUUGUGUGACUCAUUAUCUGCCAUGUGCCCCACUCGGAAUGUCUCUGGAGACUCAUCUCAGGAUACUAGUCCCAAACCAGGACUGCCCUGGCUGGUCAUCUUAACCAUGCAACUAGUGGGCCUCUUCCACCAGAGGCUACUUUUGCAGGGGGUCGGGAGGCUGGGGAAGCAGGGAAGAAGUCUGUAGUGGGCAUGGGGUGGGGUGAGGGAAUGGGACAGGACAACCCAUUCCCCCCUCCUGACCAUGCCCCUUAUCUUGUGAUUACAGACUUUGGAGAGCAAAAGGAAAGGAGGGGAGGAAAAUAAGGAUAAAGAGGAAUGAGGGGAGAGAGGAAGGCACAGCUCUGCCACUUAGAGAAAUUUUGGAAACAGAGCUCCCUUCCCUGGCUAGCCCACCCAUGUGGAGAGAAAGGAAAACCUGCCCCAUGGGUCUGAGGGGAGACCGCCAUUCAGUCUCCAGGCUGAAGCCACUUGAAGAAAAGUUGUACCCACGAGGACUCCCUUCUCGGACGUUCGUCGUGUUUACCAUUUUGCAUUUUAGUCUUGAGGGUCCACUCAAUCCACUGCCCACUGUGACUUCAUCUCCUUUUGAAAUGAAACCACAAAACACAUGGAAUGAUUGCCCAAGCUUUUAGCCGGAAGCAAAAUGUUUCUGGUCUCGGCAGAACUGGGGUAAGUAGUUAUCCCCAAAGACAAUUCCCUGCCCAGAUUUGGGGGCCUUCUUCCUCUCAGGACUCACCCUGUCACUGGGGUGUGGCAUCUAAGACAAACUUCCACAGAUCUCCGCCAACUCCUUCCCGCCUGCGUCUCCGACACCACCAGGUGGCGCCUCUGACACCACCCUCCAGUCUGGCUGUGAAGGCCCAGCUCUAACUCUGGGGCUGGGGACCUGUUGUGGGGAUGGCACGACGCUCCUCAGGCCCUCUGGACGCGUCUGGGGGACGUGGGAGGUGCAGCCUUUGGAAGGUCCUGGCUCUCCCCGGGGCUUGCCCACGUCCCUCCACUCCGACUCCAAUAAAGCCUGCUGUUGCCUCUGG